AUGGACAAGGACGCGUUCGCGAGUGCGUCUUCGAAGAAAGGAUGGGAUGACAUUGAACGGUCGUGCGCGCUGAUGGAUUCAAGCAAUUUGCAGAUCGACGGUAUAGAUCUCACAGAUCUUUUGGAAGAAGACGACUCUCAACAAAUCAACUUGACGUCCGACGCCGAAAUCUAUGAGCAACGUCAGCUUCAAGAUGCGCUCGACGCGUUACACGUUUCCAACGACAAACAAGCGCCGUCUACGACGGGAGGCAAUUCGUUCGCUGCACCUUUCGUCGUGCCUUGGGAAUGCCUGCCCCCCGCCUCUACCACCAACGCCGAUUCCGCCGUUCCCGCCGCUACCAGCGCCGCUAGGUUGCAAUGCGCUGGAAGUUUCAACGAGCGUCCCGCGCAGCCUAUGAUUGAUUCUCCGCCAGUUUCGGUGCGCGGUUCCGUGGACCCGUUUCUCAUGAAAUACCGCCUAGACACGCAGGCGACGAGCCAUAGCUUCGGGGGCUUGCCUUCUGCUGCGGAAGUUAGGAACGCUGCCCUCUCCAUGCGUGUGAGGGCUGGAGCGAAUCCUGCUGCUGUGGAGGCAUAUUUGAGGAUGAAGGCGCUAAGGGAUGGUGCGAGAACUGUACGGAAAUGA